UGAAUGACUUGGUCUUCGUUAUGUACAACUUGAAGAUAAAACAAAAAAGAGCUAAACCAUUGAGUACAAAAGAAGAAAUUGGUUUGGAGAAUUUGUCUUCUGAUGAUGAGUGGUUAGCAGCAGAUUCUGUAGAUUCAGAAGAUGAUAGUGCAGAUUUUGAUGAAGACAAUGAAGGUGAUGAUGAGGUUUCAAGAGUUGCUGCCAAAGGAAAAAGUGUGCUAGUUCAUGAUGUUAGUGAUGAAUUUCAUGAGAAUGAUGAUGGUUCUAAUGAUGAUGAUAGUGAUCGGCCCCCACCUGGAUUUGAGAGAGUUAGGGAUUUCGAUGAUUACGCCAUGGAUGUUGAUACUAGGAAGGAUAUAGAUGAUGAAAUGAGAUAUGACAAUGAUAGUGACUAGAUUAGAAGAACUUUAGAAUGAGAAUUCUCUUUUGGAU